ACAAACCUCAUACUUGAGACACGGGAGCGGAAACGGGUCGAAUCCUACUUCAAAUUCUCUUUCCUCUCGGCUUGUCGACCGGGGAAAACAAACCGACCUGAGGCGCGGCGAAUGGGGAUUUACUAAUUAACUACUUGCACACACACUCAUACACACACGGGGAGAGAGAGAGAGAAAACCAGAGAGAGAGAGAGAGAAAGGGGAGAGAGAGAGAGAAAGAUGCACACCUCCUGUUCUCCCUCCUCCUCCCCCUCCUUCUGCUCGCCUCCCCGGGUUCAGGUUGGUAGCUGAGCUGCCUCUCCGGUCGCUGUCUCGGUGCGCCGUCAGAGUGGAUGCGCUUGGAUUGACUGCGUGCGCUUCAGCCGGUGAGAAGAUCACUUCCUAAAAAAAACAAACAAACAAACAAAAAAAUCUGAAGUGACGCUUUCGUGCAGUGCGACAGCGGCGCUCUCCCACGUCUCCUCCUUCUUUCCGGAUUGGAACACCCGCAGCGGCGAGCAGACUCCAGCCCAGGCCGGGAGAAGGUGAUCAAGCUUCGGCCUCAGGUGCAUCUCUGAGGCGGGGCGACGCGGAAGGUCCAGGUGUUGUGGAGGCAUGGACUGCAACUGCGUCAGCGAUCUGCUGCUCCCCCCGGUGCCCGCCCUUUGGACGCCAGGGUUCGCCUUCCCGGACUGGGCCUACAAGCCGGAGUCGAGCCCUGGUUCCAGGCAAAUCCAGCUGUGGCACUUCAUCCUGGAGCUGCUGCAGAAGGAGGAGUAUCAGGGUGUGAUCGCCUGGCAGGGAGACUAUGGGGAGUUCGUCAUCAAGGACCCAGAUGAGGUAGCCCGGCUGUGGGGGAUUAGGAAGUGCAAGCCUCACAUGAACUACGACAAGCUGAGCCGGGCGCUGAGGUAUUACUACAACAAGCGCAUUUUGCACAAAACCAAAGGGAAGCGGUUCACCUACAAGUUUAACUUCAGUAAAGUGGUGCUGGUGAACUACCCCAUCCUGGACAUGGCUAACUCUCCCUUCUUUCUGGCCCAGAACCACUUUAACGGGGGCUCGGCUGCUCCGGACUGCAGCCCAGAGGUACGAACGGCCAUACAGUCCCUGUUUCCUCGUUUGCCAGACAGCGGCAGAGGAACGUCCCUGUUUGAUCGGGGCUCCGCACCGCCGGGACCUGAAGGAGACAAACUGAGACUGGACACAUUCCCUUUCCUCGGUUCAGGUGCCCCGUGCUACUCCAAACCCCCUUCCCUGCUGGGCCCGUACCCCCGCAACCCGCCCUUUGACUACCCCUGGAGUUUCAACCCAUACCUCCCAGGGGCCUUCUCUCUCAAUAACUGCCCCAAACUGCCCCCUGGCUCCCUCUACCCCUCCCAGUUUUACCCCAACCCUCUGCAGAGCAGCCUUUCCCAGCUGCCUCACCCCUUUUCCUCAUUGCUUCCCCCAGGGGAGGCUGCCGGAGGUGAAAGGGGAGCACCGGGGCAGACUGGCGGGACAAACGGCACAGCGGGUGGUCAGCCGGCUCGGCUCUGCCUGCCGCCCUAUCCAGGCGGCCUGCCGAUAGGUCGGACUGACAUCGGCAAUGGGGCGACACUCGGGGAGAGGGAGAGGGUGGAGGCAAACCCUCCCAGCACAGGCCUGGGUCUGGGUUUGGGAGCCGUCAGCCUCGGAGCCGGGACGGGCCAGCAGAGCCCCACCGAGAGGAGGGGUGGCGUGAAGCAGGACCCCGAAUCAGACUCAGACCUGGAGAUAACGGAUCUGAGCGACUGCAGCUCGGACAACGAGAACGAGCAUGACUUUGGCAUCGGGAAAGAGUCCAGCCUGGUGAGCCGGUCGCCGCUUGUGUUGGAUGGAAAGAAAGGGAGCCUGCUUCCUCCUAUCACCUCACUCCCCCCACCGGUGUCUCCUCAUCCAUUGAAGAGCCUGAUGCCCCUUACUCCUCCACCUCCUUCCCUGCCUCCAUCACUCUCUCCCUCCAUGGCUCUGCAUGACAGACACAGGGAGGCAGAGACUCUGAAAAUGAUCCACAGCUAAGACAUUUUCUGAUCAUCCUGACCGGUCUACGCUCUGAUAACUCUCUUCUUCUUUCCUGUUGCAAUCAGUCAAAUCUUUGUUGACUUCUGAGUAUUAUUUUUCCAGGUGAAGCACUUCAGUCCCCCACUUCUGAAACUGCUGUUUCCCUGUUUGCUGUGUAAGUUUUUUAACUUAUCACCCUGCUGUCUCCUCCAGAUUAUAAUACAAUAUUUUUAGCUGUUAAGGUGUCAGUUUUUUCAUUUGGCCUUUUCUGUUUUGAUUUUUCACACUGAGUGAGUGCAAGAACUCUUCAAUUUGCUGUCUGUAGUGGAGCUUUGACAAGAGGACAAGGUGGUAAAUUGGAGAUCAGUUCUGGCUGUAAAAAUAUGAGCAUACACCAAUAAAUAGGAAUAAUAAAAAAAAAUUAUAAUUUUACAAAUAUGCAUUUGAUUUCUUGGGACUUCAUAUAUAUUCAUAUUUAAGUACGUUUAAAAUGUAAUUUAUUAAGACAUAGUCAAAUGUUGCCAUCUAGUGGUUGUCUUCGGAAAUACUUUUCACAGGCUUUAACUUAAUGCAGUCCCUUUUGAAAAGUAUUCACACCACUUGAACUUUUUCACAUUUCGUCCCACUACAAGCACAGACUUUAGUAUGUUAUUAUAUUAAUUCUUGAUUUAAAAAAUGCAAGUUUCAAAUGCUUCUACAGCUGAAAAUCCAAAAAGUGUUGUGUGCAUGUGUAAUCAGCAACUCUAAAUUUAACAUUUUAAAACCACCGUUCACUGCGAUCACAGCUGCUGAUCUUUUGGAAAAUGUUUCAACCACUUUGCUCAUCUGGAGUCUUUUUUUUUUUUGUCACUCGUCUCUACAACAUAUUUCCAGCUUGGUCAGACUGAACGGAGUGCAUUCAUUAAUAUCACCAUAGAUACAGGGUUUAAACAAUUCAUCCAUACGAACCUGAAUCAUUGUAUUGUACCUCUGGUUGUGUGACUAAGGUUGCUGUGCUGUUAGAAGUUGAAACUUUGCUCCAGUUUUAAGUCUUUUGCAGCUUUUAGCAGGUUUUCUCAGAGGAUUGACCGUAGUUUAACUUCCCUAUCCCUGCUGAAGUAAACACCCCAACAUCAUGUUGCUGCUCUCAUCCUGUAUAGUAGGCAUGUUGCGUUCAGGAUCUUAGUUUUCUGCCACACAUAGCACUUUGCAUCUAGUUAAAAAUAUAUAUAUAUAUUUUGGUGUCAUUGAAAAUAUCACAUUCCUCCACAUAUUUUGAAUGUUCCCUACAUGGAGGGGUGACUUCUUAAGAUGAUUUGGCAUUAAUGGCUUUCUUGUUGCCAUGUUUCCAUAAAGACCAGAUUUGUGGAGUGAACUACCGAUAGUUGUUCAGCCAACAGAUCUUAUCUGAGCUGUGGAUCUCUGCAGCUCUUCCAGAGUUAUCACGGGUCUUCUGUUGGUUUCUCUGUCAGUUUAGCUGCACUGGCAUGUCUUUGUAGGUUUUGAGGUCUUAAUAUUAAUUUGGUGACAAUUGAAGGCUGCUUGUUGCAUUGGAUUUUUUGCUUGUUUUAGAGGUGUCACAGUAAAGGGGUUAUUAAAAAUAAAUGCACACCACACUUUUUGAAAACCAUGAUUUUUUUUUCAUCUAUUCAUUACCUUGUGUUUGAUCAAAAACAUUUUAAUUGAACAUCUGGAAUUUUGUAAUUGCUAUGGGACUAAGAAACAUAAGAAAAGGUAAAAGGAGUUUUAAUAAGUUUUCAACACACUGUAUUCUGUAUAAACUGAUCCUCCCAAAAAAGUUUUUUAUUUUGUUUGUUUGUAAACGCAGUGUUUUUAUUCAAAUACAAAAAUUACAUUAUUUAUUCAGUUUCAACUGUAUCACUGUGUGAAUAUUUAUUUGUUGCUGCACUUUUUACCAACAGGAAUGAAAAAGACAGAUGAGUAAGCUGGACCAGUUUAAAAUUUGUAUGAAUAUUUCUGUGUAUAUAUUUUAAUAUGGUGUACAUGACAUUUAAUUAUCAUUCCUCUAUGAUAAGAUUUACCUGUAUUGUUGUGAUUUACUUGAGUAUUUAAACAUGUUGGAAAAUUAUAAGCGUCGGUGUAUCAAGGUUUAAACUAUUAACGGAAGAAGAUCUGCGAUCUGAAAGCGAAGAAAGAGCUCUAGCUUAUGCUUUUUGAUUUCUGAUUUCCGUCAACCCAAGUUCCAGUAAUUGUCCAAUUUCAUCAUUUUUACGACUUGGCCGGUGGGGAAAAAACCUUUGGAUUUUAAAAAAGCACUGGAAAACGUAUUUUUUCUAGUUAGCAUUAAGCCAGUGUGAAGCUAUUGUAAUUAGUCAAAUAUUACUGUUAUUGGUCUUUGCAUCUUUUUAAAUUAUCCCCCAAAAUCUGCUUUGGUUAUUUUUCAGUCGGUGUUAUUUUUUUCCAUCUCUGCAGAAACAAACCGUUUCAAAACAUUGCAAAAAAAAAAAAUUAUUUCUCUGACACUGUUGUACAGUUUCUUCAUUUUAGCUGCUUUUGGUUUGCCAGACAGUGUCCCUUUCAAGGAUCCGUUGUAAAAGCUCUAUUGUAAACUUACUGUAAAGCUUUAUGUUUUGUUGAGUUGUUCCGGGAAAGGUCACAAGUCACCCUGGUGUGAAAUACCAAGCUGUAAAUACUGUUUCCUUCCUGUGUGUAUGUGUGUGUACACAUCACAAAAUGACAAUGCAGUGAGUCUACUGAUCAUCUUUGUUUAUUUUACUGUAAAGAGGGAAAAAAUGAAUUUGCAAAAAGAAGAAGAAAAAGAUUAAUAUCUUCAAAAGCAAUAAAUAUUAUUCUGGA